UACCGCCUCCCCGGUCUCCUCCGCUCUCUCGCCGCGUGCAGAACGAGGCUAGCGCCUGAAAUUAAACAAUGUAACUUCAACGUGACAACUUGGGAGUGGAAUCUCAUCCCUCUGCGGGCAGAUAACUGACUCCGCUCGACAAACACGUAUUUUUGGCGUCUGUCUUGUCUUCGCAUUCACUUUUAAUUAGGAGACGCGCAAAGCUCCGGACGACCCAUCCUCCUUUCACACACCGGCUGGUGCCCAGCGCGGCUUUACAAUGGUACUCUGGUUUGUCAUCGGUGUGCAGGUCUUGUUGACUGUCAGAGGGCAGCCUCUACUGCAAGGAUCCUGCAGUUUCGAACAGAGUACAUGUGGAUAUUCAUCCGAUCCUGCCUACGAAAAAUGGACCAUAAACGAAGAAGGUCGCUUUAUCGCAGUGGACUCGGGACGGGCGGUUCUGGUGAGCCCGGACCUGGAGCUGCUGGACUGGAGCUGCCUGCGGCUGGUGUACCAGAUCACCGGGUCGGGAUCCGUGAGCCUGCACCUGCGGCCCGAGGACGAGAACUUCGACUACGCCCUGUGGAGCUCCAGCACGCCCUCCGACAGCUGGGUCAUCGCCAGCGUGGACCUGCGCAACACGUCCACCUCUUAUAAGGUCUUAAUGGAAGGCAGACCAGGAAAAGGAGAAGGCAAGAGCGUGGCCAUAUUUGAAAUCCACAUCGUGCCCGGAUACUGCAUAGAUUGUAACUUUGAGGAGCACCACCUCUGUGGAUACAGCAAUCAGUGGAACCCCAACGUGAACUGGUACGUGGGGGGAAGCAUCGCCAGAGACCCCCAGUCCAACCUGCCCGAUGACCACACCAUGAACAAUGAGAGAGGCCACUACAUGUACGUGAACUCGGUUUACGCCAAGAAGUUCCAGGAAGUGGCCAAGCUGUCGUCGCCCAUGACGACCACGCCGAUGGCGGGGUGCUUGACCUUCUACUAUCAGCGGGACCAGGAGCGAGGGAACAUCUUCUCCGUUUACACCAAGGACCAGCUGGGCCACUACGAGGAGAUCUGGAGGCCCGAGGUGUACGCCACCUCCCACUGGAAACUGGUCCAGGUGGACAUUAAAGCCCCCCACCCCCUGGAGGUGGUGUUCGAGGUGGCUUUCAACAGCCCCAGAGGAGGGUACGUGGCCUUGGAUGACAUCUCCUUCUCGCCGGAGUUCUGUAACACGGAGACAGAGCCGCCCUUUGACCCGUCCAUCGCCAGCUGCGACUUUGAGGAGGGGUUUUGCCGGUACUACCAGGAGCUGGCGGAGGGCUCAGUGUGGAGCAGGGUUUCGGUGAAACCCAACGUCUACAGGAUAGGGGACCACACCACGGGCACAGGGUUCUUCCUCCUGGCGAACACGCGGUUCACGUCGCGGCCCGGGUACGUGGGGCGCCUCCACGGGCCCGUCCUGCCGGAGAACCUCCGGUACUGUCUGCGCUUCCACUACGCCCUCCACGGCUUCCGGAAGGUGGACAACGCCCUGGCCGUCUACGUCUACGACGACCACAACGUGGCGCAGGAGAAGGUGUGGUCGCUGUCCGACGCGUCCCGGGACGUCUGGAUCGAGGUGGACAUCACGUUCCAGAAACCCAUGCCCACAAAGGUGGUGUUUGUCAGCAUAUGCAAGAACUUCUGGGACUGUGGACUGGUGGCCCUCGAUGACAUCAUCGUCAGUCUCGGGGACUGCCGUGUAACUGCAGGGAUGGCGCGCUCCCUCCCUGGGCAGUGCGACUUCGAGUUCGGCAACUGCGGCUACACCCAGGACAAGAAGGGCGACAUGGGCGACUGGGUGCGCAUGAGGGGCCACACCCCCACCUCCUACACCGGCCCGAAGGGGGACCACACCACAGGGGUAGGGUACUUCAUGUACACCGAGGCGUCCCACAUGUUGCCGGGCCACAGCGCGCGGUUGCUAAGCGCUGAGCUGCGGGGGUCGGCGGUGCCCCAGUGCCUCCUGUUCUACUACCACAUGUACGGCUCCGGGACGGGCCAGCUGAGCCUGUACCUGCGGCGGGAGGGGGGCCGCCAGCACGCCCGCGAGGCCCUGCUCUGGAGGCGGCGCGGGGAGCAGAGCGUCUCCUGGAUGCUGGGCGCGGUGGACUACACCUGCGAGGACCGCCACCAGAUUGUAUUCGAAGCUAUCCGGGGGCCGUCGAUAAGAAGCGAUAUCGCAAUCGAUGACAUCGUGUUUAAAAAGGGACCAUGUACAGAUCCUGGGGACAGCAUUCCAUACUCCGGCUUUUCAGAAAACUUCAACGAAAUCGACUAUUGAGUGCGGCACUUGAGUGAGCGUGCGUUGGUCUGUGUGUGUGUGUACGUGUGUGGUGUACGUUUGGGGGAAGGGGUGGGUCGGGGGCUGGAGAGGGGGGGGCGUUACAGAAGAGCAAGACAAAUUGUACAUAGACUAGCUAAAGUAAAAGCCAACAGCAAUUAUAACCACAGGGGAGGAGAAGACAGCAGACAUGAAGACUCACCAUUGUCCUCUUUAUGAAGUUGCCUCACGGAAGACUAUCCAGACCAGAAGUUCAAACGGUUCAAGGAUUUCAAGGAAAAUGCACAGGAGAAAAAAAACCUGGUUUGGUGUUUUCGGAACAUUCUCAGUGUGGACAGAGCCGUCGACAUACAUGACACGCGACAUCCUCCUCUCCUUCAUAUUGGCAGCCAUCUUUAAUCUGCUGACGAUGAGCAGCCAGCAGAGCAGAAGCAAAAGGCACCUGCACGCAUGAAACGAGGAAAGCAUUCAGCAUAUAUUCAAGCUGGAAAACUUUCUACUUUUGGUGAGGCUUUGAGCAGUGAAUGUACCAAUGAUGUAUUUUUACACACUGUGAUUGUGAGCCCCCCAUCUAGUGGUCAGUGUUUGACAUUGCAGACACCGAAUCUGGAGGAUAAAAAUGGCAGACAACUUUGAGAGGGUAGUAAGUAACACACUGAUCCCCUUUGUUAUUUUGAUUUUUAAUUUUUUUUUAACAAUGCAUCAAUGUUUUCUUAUGCAACACCUCGCAUUGCAUCUUCAAAGACUGAAUACAGACCCCUCACUGUGGCUUGGGAUUGGCGUCCGCUUUAGGGGCAAAUUCCUAGCCAAUCGGUGAGCAGAGCGAUUUCAAAGACGACUGGGGAGCACAUAUCACUGUGGGGCUGAUGGGAAAAAAAAAACCUCACAAGGACAACUUUGGACAUUGGGACCAAGCUAUAUUGUUGACCAGCUGACCAGCUGCCGAUUACUUCCCUGAUAUAUGAUGUCACUGCUUCGGUUUCUAUGACGACGCAUGUAGGCACCCAACGCUCCCCGUAUUUAACUUUUAAUUUACUUUGCCUCGGAAAGUACCCUCAGCUGGGUUACGGUCAAAAAAGUAACAAACUGUGCCAAUUUCUUUCAUGCAAGUGUUUAUUCCACAUAACUGCUUGAGCAGUAGCCCAAGCCAAAGGGCUUCAGACUAUGAGUAAUACUUUUUUUGGGGGGUUGGCAAAAACAAAUAUUAAAUUAAGACAUGCUAUCUGGACUUUGUUUGUUCAGCUGCAGCUAUUAGCCUGAGUAGUGUGUUUGAAAGUUUGAGGUUGACAUUUGUUUAAGGGAAACACCUUUUAAUUUUGAUUUCAGUAUAUUUGAUUCUUGUUCCCGUGGAAACCCCCAAGCCAAAUUCUCAUCAGUUUUAUUUUAAAUCACCUGAUAUUAAUUUUUUCAAAUCUGAAAAUGUCUCCUGCUUCUAUUUAGAACACAAUAUUAAAACAAUACUAAUAAUGAAAUUAAAGUUUAAAAAAUUAGUUUGAAAUCAGAGAUACUGGUUUGAUUUUAUACUUCAGCAGUCUUAAGAUAUACUUCACCAGCACUUACGAUUGAAUUUCUAUUUUUGUACCUGAAGCUGGUCUUUCUUAAGUUAUAAAUGACAAUAGUAUACGCCUAGUACAAAAAACCUGGAUUCAGGAUUUUCAGAAUAUUAGCAAUCAGCAUAGAAAUUCCACGCAGACAAUCAACAAGGACAGCAGGUUUUCCCAUUUGUCCACAUAUUGUUCAUGUAGAAUAUAUCAGGGAUAGCUAUUUGUGGGGAAAAGCAUGCAUAAUCGAACCCAUACCUCUGUAAAGACUAGUGGAAUAACACCAGUCUGUUGGACAGGAUUAUGGUGUCCAUAAUGCAAGUGAAUAAUGCUGCUGUCUGCAGGUAAAUGUACGAUUUUUUGAAUGCAGGAACAUUUCAUGUCUUCAUAUGCAGUGGGUCCUAUUUCCGGAAGACUAUUGAGGUAAUAAACCAGUGUAUAUUUUUAUUCUUUUGUUUUAUCCCUCUGUUUCAGCUGUGUCAAAACCAUACAUCAGUGAACCUGUGCUCUUUCCCCUUUCUGUUAAGAAUUUUCACCCAAAUCUUGGUUUCAUCAGCUACAUUCUGCAAUGUGUAGAAGGUUUUUUUUAUCUUCCAAUAAAUAAUUCUUGAGUCUUUU